AUGCCGGUCUUGCGCGGUGGCCUUGUUCGGAACCCAGCCUCGGAUGUUGUAACCUUGAUGCUGGUGUGUCGUGCCUGGAAGGAGUUUACUUUAAAGCACGCGUCGACAUGCCAUCGUCAAGUGUGCGCGACGGGGCUUCGGAUCGCCUUUCUUCUCGACGCUGUUCAUCUGGCAUGUCUUGAGAACCAGUCCAAAAAGGCAAAGCUUAAGCGAAUACCCCAGAACGUCAAACUGUUGCUGUCGGAGGGCAGCUGUUGCUUUGGUACAGCAGAUUGCUAUCACAGUGAAAACAUGGUGGCAUCAACCUCAAGCUGCAGGGCCGACAUAAGCAGCAACGCAGCCAGCACCAGCACCACCAUCAGCCCUAUCGUAGGCUAUGGACAUGAUAGGAUGGGAGGUUCUCGGUGGUGUCAGAUGGGCCCUAUGGAGCUCCGCUGGCUGGCAGCGGUGGCGGCCUCCCUGGAUGUCACCUUCCUGUGUCCCCUAGUCCUGCGGAUCAGCUUUUCCUCCGCCGCUCCUGCUACUGCUGGUGCUAUUGAGCCCUCCACGUUGGCGGUAGAUGCGAUGGCGGAACUGCCGCUGCAGGGAGCGGCAGUCGUCCAUGUCUUCGACCCUGGGGAGCCCGGGAAGACCAGGGACUUCAAAUGCAGCAUUCAUACCUUAACCCAUGGAAUGCGGUACUUUAAAGACGUGCUGCAAAAGUCGGUUGAUAGCCGCACGAGGCCUGUGGAGAUUUCAGUCCACUGCGAUGUGGCUGUUUUUGAAUGGCUCUUGGGCUACUGCAAUGGCCGCACCAGCCGUGACCAUAUUACCGUGGAAGGUGUGCUCCCCCUGCUCAUUGCUUCCAAUUUCUUACAGCACCCUCAGCACCACCCGUUUCUCUCAUUUCGGUCUCCUCCGUGUCUGCCCUUUCCGUGCACUUCCGAUUGCAUGGAAGCCCAGAUGGAAGCUUUGGUGAUGGACUGUGUCAAGUUCAUGGCCAGCAACUUGGUGGAAGUGGCAAAACACCAUCAGCAGCUCGCCGGGCAGAGCGGAGACCUCACUGCGCUGCCACUGGAGCUGCUGUGCCGGCUGGCGAGGUCCAAGUCGUCGUCACUGCAUAUGCCACGAAGGUCCUCCGCGGGCUCCUCGGGAGCUGUGCAUAUCCCAGAUGCCGCGUGGCGCUUGCAAGAGUACCUAGCCUCCCUGCGCGCGCAGCAGAUCGCAUGGCGCGGCAUUUACUGGCACAUCUGGGGCCUCGUGCACGUGCUCUAUUGCCAUACCUGCAUGCAGCACGCACCGGCAGUGGAGUUGCGCCGCUGCACCUUCCAUCCACAGGCCCCCGUGUUCGCAGCCAGCGCGGCGGCUGGUGGGAGUGCAGCGGCGCGGCAGCUCGCAACAGGGUUUUACCCGUGCUGCGGUGCUGCCGCGACACGGGGUCCUGACCCACGGGUCGCAUCCGCCAGUGGCUGCUGCGCACGGGAGCACCGGUUAGUUCCCAGUGGCCAAGCGCCGGGGACAACCCUGCCGCCGGGGUUGACACCAGAGCUACUCAGCACGAUCCAGCACUGUUCGUCGCUGUUCACGAACCCGUCGGCGCUACUGGCGCGGCAGUCGAGCGGUGACGAUGUGGCACCGCAUAUUAGCGCGCCGGGCUUUGUGAACGGUCAUGUCCCUGGGGCUGUUGCACGCGGAGCUGGUGGCGGUGGCAGCAACGAACGACAUGGCGCGGCACCUGCAGCCGCAGCCAGCGGCGAUGCGGCUGCCGCUGCAGGUCCAGCCGCAGCCGUUAUGGCCGACGCAGCAGCUGCGGCCGCUGCCGCGGCGGCGGCGGCCAAGUCGCCUCGGAGUCGACAUGUUUCUUUCAUCGACAACAGCAGCAGCUCUGCGCCCAGGGCCGCUGCCGCGGAAGAUGUACAGGCCGCGGAUGCUGACGGCCGGCUCGUGCCGCCGGCGAUUCAGGCCAUGCUGAGCUCCGCGACGGCGACGGCUGCUGCCACCGUCGCUGCGCUCCUGCGCACCGGUGGCAGCAACCCUCUUGGCCCUGCCACGGCUGCGACGGCGGCGGCGCUGGGCUACAGCCUGAGCGGCAUGCCGGGCAUAGACAUAGGAACGUCGGGUCCCGGUCCUCCGCCAGCUCUGCUACUGUCAGCAUCCGCGCAGGUGCAGUCCCCUCGGCCGCAGGCAGCACCGAAUUUGCCGUUGCCGCUGACGGGGAACACGAAGAUCGAUACCCGGCGUUUGGCCGCGGCGGUGGCCCGGCGGCUCUCCCGGAGCGGCAACGGCGGCAACAGCAGCGGCGCUGCAACAACAGCGGCCCUCGAUGAGGCUGUCCCUGCGCAACAGCCUGCGGCCAAGGACUUGCGCCGGCACCACCACCAACAACAACAACCAUCACAACAACAACCAUCACAACAACAAGAACAACAACAGCAUAACCAUCCCCAGCAGCGGAAGCAGCAGCACCCUCAGGAUCAGCCGCCGCAGCUGACCCGACGGCCGGCGCUCGAUACCGUCCGCAGCUUCACCAGCCUCGCUGCCCUUCAGCUGGUCGCGGCGGAGGAGGGCACGGAGGCGAUGAUCGCUGCACGGAGGUCCCUCACGGCCUGCCAAGUGCAGGUCGCCGCCCCUAUGGCACCUGUUGCCAGUGCAACGGCCUCGGCCUGUCUGGUAGGGGAAAAUUGGGAAAAUCGGGCGCUGGCUGCCGGCAAGCCUCAUUCGGCCAAUGGCGUUAGCGCGGCCACUCAGCGGAUACUACUGAAGGUGGCGCCGCCGCCGCCGCCGUCGCCGUCACAGGCGCAACCCGGCGGUGGUGUUGCUGCUGGCGGUGGCGGCGGUGUUAGCUCGCCGCGGGCAUUGCUGGACCGGUCACCUCUCCACCUGCGAAAGAGCCAAGCGCGGAGUCCGCCUGCUAACCGUGGCGCCGCCGCCGCUGCCAACUCUCCACAGCCGCCGCAGCGGGCAACCCUCACUAGCCUCAGCCCUGACUCCAUGGGUGUACAGUUGGCUGCACCGCCGCCGUCGCCGGCAAGUGUGGGACCCGGGGCUCCCCGGCCGGAGGAGGGAUCAACCUCUCUGGACCCGCGGGAUGCCUCUCCAACUCGCAGCAGGCCCGCCGCCGCCGCGGAUCGGAGGGUGCUCCUGCGCGGGUCAACCGUACCUGCUGGAUUUCCACCCGGCGAGAAUCAGCACCGUCCACCAUAUAUGCAGCAGCACGCGCAGCCUCUCUGGUCGCAACCGCAGUCAACAUCGCCGCCCGUCUGCAAGCGGCAACAGAGACAGCGCCAUCCCAGUCAUCAUCAGCAGAAGGCUAGCUACUCCGAAGACGUGCAGGAAGGCGGCGGCGGCGGUGAAGGUAUCGAUCGUGGCCUUCAUAGAGGACUGUCGGAGCGCAGCGGCGGCGGCGGCGGCGGAGCGUGGCUCAGACGUGAGGUGGCGCUGCCGCCACGACCCGGCGGAAUGCCAGCGGCGGCUGCGACCGGGGGAGUACUGCAUCGCCGUUAUUCCGCCGGUGGGGGCACCGACGCUGUCGGCGACGGUGGAGGCGGCGAGGAGGAGGAGGAGGACGACCAUGACCGUCUUCACAUGCAGCAACGUCUCCGAAAAGGAAAUCGUGAUGGACCGGACGGGGGCGGCCGGGGAAAGUCCCGCGCCGGUGGGGGGUCUGAACUGCCUCGAGUAACUACCUUGCGGGGAAGCGAUAGUGUCGGCAGCGGCAGCUUCUCCGGUACUUCUACCGCUGGUGGUGGCAGCGGCUGUGGGAGUGCGGCUGGGGUUGACCCCAAUCCGCUGCAACGCAGCGUGCAGGCCGUCCUGUUGCAGCAGCGGCAGCGGCGCUCCCCGGAGGUUCAGGAGGAGGACACCAACCCCUACCAAACGCAAAAUCACUAUCCUCACCACCAACACCACCAACACCGAAACCAGUACCACCAUAACUAUCACAGCCAAUAUCACCACCAUCCCAAUAUUAGCCACAGCCAUCGGCACCAGCAGCACCAGCAGCAUUCAUUGGCGUCGCAGCCCUCGCAGCGGCAACGCAGCGCCGGCAGGUUACGGCAGCGUUUGGGUAGCGGCUCCGGGGCGGGCUUUGCAGGAGAGGACGCGGCUUUCGGCGGCUGCGCCGCGGGGUCAGCGGCUGUUUCUGAGGAACAGGAGCGUCGAGCGCUGAUCGAGCAAUACAAGACGCAACAGGUAUUGUCGCCGCGGCCUAAGAAUGUCCACAUGAUUUCCAUCUCGGAGCUGCCCACUGGGUCCGGCGUCGGCAGCGGCAGCAGCGGCGGGUCUGUGUGCGGUGCGCCGCAGCUCGCAGGGGAGCAUCCGCAUCCGCAUGUGCAACCGCAGGCGCAGGCGCAAAGCCCCGGAGUAAGUAGCAGCGAGGCGCCUCUGGGCGGCGCUAUGGAGUCAGUCGGGGAGGGGCUCUCAACCAGCGCCGGAGGUGGACCCACGGCGAAUGCGCUGGCGGUCCGGGCUGACGGGACAGUUGCAACAGCAGCUCUGAUGGCAGCGGAGGCAGCGAGGUCAAACGGCGCUGGCUUAUUUGUGGUGAUGUCUGAUGAUCUGGACGGGGCCGUGAUGAUGCUACCGCCGCCGCCGUUGCCGUCGCCGCCGACGACGACGAUGGCGGCAGUGGCGGUGGUGGUUCCGGCGCUAAGGACCCCGGUGGAGAGCCCGCUGCCCAGUAGGGCCCGCAAACUACGCAUGGAGCUACUGCACGAGGACGAUAAUUACCGGAUGGACCUCCUGGUGAAGCACCUGCUGGCGUGUCGGCCCUCCCAUCGCGUCACAGCUGGCGGCGGGGCGCCCCGCGAUCCGCGCACCCUCCGCGGGAAGUCUGCGCUGACGCCGUCUUCACGGACAGCUGUCGGCGGCAGCGGCGGGGUUGGUCCUUCUGGCGGUACCGGCCGAAGCCGACCCGUUUCUGCCGCGGCGGCAAUGUACGGUAAUCGGCCAACGCGGCCCCGAUCCCGCAGCGUGUCUCACUUGCAGCGCUUGCAAAGCAUUUACAUGUAUGGGACGGGAACUGCUUCUGGGUACGGUCAUGGCGGUGGCAGCGGUGGAAGCGCUGCGUAUGCCGGUGGCGCCACGGCCUUCGACACGCAGGCCGGCAGGGCUGACGGUCCGUUGCUUGGCGGCGGCGGCAUCGUGGAUCCCUACUUGGCGAUGGAUUCUAGAUACAGCGAGAUGGACGAUAGGUCGUUGGAGCGGAUGGGAUUGGGGGCGGGGAUGAACGCGGUGAUGGCGGGUGGCAGGGGUUUCGGGGGCGGGGAACGGCGGUCUCAAGACCAGCGUCCCCUGUCGGCACCACGGUCGUGGCGUCACAGUUGA